AGUUCUUGGUACACAAGUCGCACACAAACGACCUUGUCGAAGAGCUCUUUCUCACCUAGCUAGCUGGCCAUGUGGACGACCAAGAAGCCGCUCGUGCUGCGCACUAUAGCGUCGCGGUACCAACAGACCGUUCAUAAAUCGACAUUCCGCGUGCUGGGACUGCAGCAAAUUGCUGUGGGUGGCGCCAGUAAGAGCGCGCUGAGUGCUCUUUGGGUGGAUACCUUCGGACUGACGAAGAAAGGGUCCUUCCGCAGCGAGAAGGAGAACGUGGACGAGGACAUUCUGCAAUGCGGCAAGGAACCAUUCGCAGUCGAGGUGGACAUCAUGCAGCCCAUCGACCCCAACAAGGCGCCAAAGGUUCACGUGCCGCCUCUCAACCACAUUGGACUGUGGAUUGAUGAUCUACAUGCAUGCGUGGACGAGUUGACGAAGAAAGGCGUACGCUUCACACCUGGGGGCAUCCGCAAGGGUGCGGCGGGCUUCAACGUGGCUUUCAUCCACCCCAAGGGCAACGAGGCCACUCCUUUAUCGGGCGAAGGCGUGCUCAUCGAGCUCGUGCAAGCCCCGGACAACAUCAUUCAGGCUUUCGAUGCUAUCAAGGACGAGUGAUCAAAUGAGUGUCUGACGCGAAUGUCAAUCCAUUUUUUUUAGUUGUUUUCUUAUUAAUGUGAAAGCGGUUAAUAUAUGCAGCGAUGAGGAAUUCAUCCACCGAAGAUCAUAACAAGCUUAGGACGUGCAGCUCGGCAAAUAUUUGGUAAUAAGCUUAUCCAGUAGCAGCAGAUCGAUGAAGAUCUCGUGGAUGCUCGUGACCAAGAAGCCCCGUGCGCGAGUCAGUACCGUAGUAGAGCUUCUAAAGACUGAACGAAGGUAGAGAAUCCAGGGCAGGAAGGUCUUGGCCGAAGUAAAUGCGUUCUGCAGUAACCUCGUUGUCACCACACCGGAGGAUGUGGAUGCUGCACUUUGUAUUCUUGUUGGUGUUUUGGUUUCUGUAUCGAAUCUCGACUCCAAUGGCAAACUGUUGGGUUCUUCGUGAAAUCUACC